AUGUAAAACGUACAGUGCUGUGCAGCAAUUAAUUACGAGCGCUGUCUAGCACUGUAAUUAAUCGAUGACUUUUGGCGCUGCCAGCUUACUUAAUGCAAAACAGCUGAUUAUAAUUUUGUUCGCAAAUAAUAAUACAAAUUAUUGUUGGCAUGGAGGUAAAUCCUUUAGCUGUGAUAUUGGUCUAUUACGACAGCAAAGGAGAUCGCCUACUAUAUCGGUAUCCCUACCAGCCGCUGGGCCAAACACUCAAAUUAGAGGAGCCACGCGAGGAGUUGAACAACAAGAAGCGAAAUCCAUUCGCCGUUGCCCACACAGAUGAUCUCCUCCAGACGGCCAACAGCCAAAGUCAGAGCCAAAAUCAUCAUCAUCAGCAACAGCAGCAGCAGCAGCAGCAGGGACAGGCACAGCCUGUCCAGGGACAGGGUCAGGGUCAGCUGAAGGGCUUUGCGGAUCAUGUGCUGUCCACUUUAUUUGCAGUCAAACCGCAGCUGUGCCAUCAAAAAUUUGAACUCAAAUUGAACGAUGUGCGUUUUGUCAGUCAUCCAACAAUGAUUAGCGUGCUGCCAGGAACGGGUACGGGUACGGGCUCGGGAUCAACAGCAGCUGCCAGUCAAACAUUGGCAGCAGCUGCAAACAGCAACACAACCAGCAGCAGCAGCAACACAGUGGCUCUGGGCAAAAAGCAGCAGAUGGUCAUCAAUAUUGUGUUUGCACUGCACGCACAGGCCAGCUACUCCAUAGUCAAGUGUUACCACGAGCUGAGCAAGCGACUAGGACUCGCGCUGAAGUUUGAGGAGCAGCGCAGCGGAUAUUUAACGGAGCAAUUGGCGCAGAUGGCGCGCACCCACGAUGAACAGCAGCAGGAGCAGCAGCCGCUGGAGCGUAUCCUCGAGCUAAUUGCGGAACGUUGUAGUUUGGCUCAGGCGUUGAAAUCCAUAUGCAAUGAUCUCUGCACCACUGGACUGUUGAGCACCACUCUGAAUCAGAAUCUAACGUUAACCUUCUGUUUGCCGGCGAAGGCGCAUCAGUUGCAUAAGAAGGGCAGCAUGGUUGAUCCGGAGACCAUAGAUCGUUGUCUGCGCGCCCUGAAGCCAUAUCAUGGCAUGUUGUUGCUUGUGGACUUUGCGGAGCUGUUGGACUGUGUGCCACCGACGGGUGCACGCAUGCUGUGGCAACUGGUGGAUGCCUAUAAUCCGUUGAUCAGCCUGCAGAGCAUGGCCUCUAAUGCGGAUCUGAGCAUUGAGCAUGUCUACAAGCUCGUCUCGCAUCUCGUCUACUGGGCCAAGGCGACCAUUAUCUAUCCGCUGUGCGAGACAAAUGUCUAUGUGAUUGCACCGGAUGCACCGCUGCACACCCGCUCGCAUCUCGUCGAAAAGUUCUCGGCACGCUUUGCUGGGCUGUCGCUGUUCGAGGUCAUCUGCGACUUUUCGCUGCCGACAUCGAUUGGGCAUUUGACGACGCCGCUGCAGCAGCCGGCAAGGCAAGGUAUACUGGCCCAGAUGGUGUUGUGGAUGCUGCAGCAUCAUCUGCUCAUGCAAUUGCACACCUAUGUCCAAUUCAUGCCCAGCGAUGCGGACGAUGAGUUUGGCGAUUCGGCGUCUUGUGCGCAGGCCAGCAAUCUCACCGAGGAGGAGCACGACCAGGACGAGGAUGAGGAGGAGGAGGAGGAGGAACAGCAGCAGCACCAGCAGCAGCCUGAUGAGGAUGUUGAUCAAUUGGCGCAUGGCGGUGGCUCCAUGCUGAGUAUGUCCAGCCAACCGUUGCCGGUGCCCCGCAAUGCCCAGCGACGUGGCCUUGCCGAGGACCAAUAUUCCCUCGCCUCGGAUAAUAUAGUGGUGCAACCCUCGUCCAGUCACAAAUCCAACUUUAGCAUGACAGCCUCGCUGAGCACGGAUAACUGUGAUAGCCUCGACUCCAUAGAGGAUGAGCAGAAGCUCAAGGAGUUGCUGCAGGUGUUCAGCGAUGCGGAUCGUGCUGCAAUUCGUCGCAUACCCGCCUCCACCAACGUCGAUGAUCUGUCGCUGCUGGUGAAGCUGUAUCAGAUGGGCUAUUUCAAGAGCGAACACCAUCUCGAGGAGAUCAUGUACUUUGAGAAUCUGCGUCGCUCCCAGCUGCUGCAGCUGCUCGACAAGUUUCGCGAUGUCCUCAUCAUUUACGAAACAGAGGAUCCGGCCAUUGCAUCCAUGUACAACAAUAAAUAGUUUUAGAAAAUCAAUCCCGAAAAGAAAGCAUUCCUAAUGCAUUUUUAAAGUCGCUUUGAAAUAUUGUUAAAAAAAAAAAACUGAUUAUCAAUUCAAUGAUGCAUUUCACUGUUUUUAUAUAUUUAACAUAAGCUUUAUUUGUUUUUUUCAUAGUGUGCCUAA